UCCACAUUCGUCUCAAGCUGUCCAAAACAUCUUCAACCUCAACACAUCCUCCUCCAAAACCAAACAUCUCGGUCUUCCUUUCCUUUUCCACAAAUCCAAAAGAAAUUUGUUUGACGACUUGCUAACCCUCUUUCAAAACAGGAUUUCGUGUAGGAAAUCAAAAGUCCUCUCCCAAGCUGGUUGCACCACUUUUAUUAAGUCAAUGGAUGCUUCCCUUCCUCCUCCUCUCCAAAACUAUCUGUUCCUCUUUGGAAAAAAUGUUUAAAGAUUUUUGGUGGGGUUUCAAAAAAGAAAAAAGAAACACAAUCUCUCCCUCGAGUCAUGUGGGACAACAACAAAGCCCUCAUUCUAUGAACAAUACGAAUUGGAGUUCAACAAAAAAUGAUACUUGUUUUAUUAGAAUUAGGCAUUAGGUCUUAUAUCAAUUCAGAAUUAUCUUGUUUGUUGUAAAACUUCCUAAAAAAAAAAAAAAAAGAAUCCAUUGGAAUAAAAAGGGGGAGGAAGAAGGCGAGUCGGUAUGCUAAUUCCUCUUCCACCAAUCACUAGCUUUGUUGGUUGCAUUCUUGAUCGACUUUCACCUUCCUAAUUUUUUUCUAAAGCAGUGAGGACCUAGGGAUAGAUGGGGACGGAGGCAAACACAGCAGAGCAGACGCCUGCUGAAACGACACCGGAGCAUGUGGAGGCCUUGCUUGAGGCUGCUAGAUACGAUGAUCUCGACGACGUCGUAAGCCUAGCCACCGCCGGCGUUCUUCUUGAUUCCAAGGACUCACUUGGCCGAACAGUACUUCAUAUGGCUGCAGCUAAUGGGCAUCUUGACAUCGUAGAAUAUCUUGUCAACAGAGGAGUGGACCUUAAUGCUUUCAAUGAGGAGAAGAAUACACCUCUUCAUUGGGCUUGCCUCAAUGGGCAUAUUGAGGUGGUUAAGAAACUGAUCUUGGCAGGUGCAAAUGUGAGUGUUUUAAACAGCUACGAGAGGACACCAAUGGAUGAAGCAGUGAGUCGGGAUAAGGUGGAUGUCAUUGAUGCCAUUAACGCAGCAUAGGCACAAGUAGAACUUGCUGGUAUUAGGGUUUCCUAAUGUUCGACUUUCCUAAUUGAAGUCAAAGUUCUGAAAGAUUUUCUAGUGUUUUUUGGUUAAAAGAUUUUAUUAUGUUUUUUCUCUUAUAAAUUUCAAGCUUGUAAUGUGAAAUUUUUGUUCAAACUGUUGAGUCUCUCCUAGCUCUUUGCAUGUUGCUGAUUUAGUAGUCUUUCCAACUUUCAUACAUCCAAACUCAUUACAUGUGCUUCGAUACACAGGAAGGAGAAAACCUAAUAUUGUUUUU